UUAAUUUUUGUUUUUUUUUUUAUUUUUUCUAUAUUGUUCGUCGAUGACGCAGUUUUAAUAGCCUGUAUUACGUCGCUUUUUAAAGCUUUUGUUAUCGUAUGUAAACAAGGCUGUGAGGCCGAAGAGGUUAUCAAGUUCCAAAAAAAUCUUGAGCUCACAUUUUUUAAGCUUUAUUUUAUUUUGGUUUUUUUUUUUUUUUUUUUUUUUGAGGGAAAUGCUUUGUUUUUGUGUUCUGCAAAUGUCCGUGUUGUCAAGGCUCCCUUCUGUUCUUCGAGCAAAUGCAACUUAAAGAAGACCUUACCUUUACCCUUUUGCUGCACAACCUCUGAUAGUAAAUACCAGCCAAUUCGGAUCGUCGAAUAUACAUUUUUAAGUUAUAAAAGAUGAUGAAGAAUACGGGUGAAAAACAAAAGGACGAUGGCUCCACACAAAGUAAUGGGUCCAGGACACUUGCAAGCCCAUCUACUCAGACUCCUCGCUCAGUCUCUCAGGAGCCGUGAUCAGAGCCUCCAUUGAUUCCACGAAGAUGAAAGCAUCGUCAGCAAAGUCAAGAUCAGUGAAUCUUUCCUCAGCAACAGAUGCCGUAUAGCCGCUGGACCCAACGACCUUGAUCAGCACCCAGUACAUUCAAGCAUUGAACAGGCAACUCGGCUUCUGAAGAGUCAAACCACUCUGCUUAUGAUUCAGGAAGUCAAUCGGAGAGUGAACAAGGCAGUGACCAGGCCCCAGAGCCAGGCAGUGAUCAUUGCUCAGAUACCAACAGCAGCUCAGAAUCUGAAAGUCGAUCUGAGUCGGGAAGCGAGUCAGCUGAGUCAAAAUCCCAGCAAACACCUUCACAGGCUAAGGAUAAGCCAAUCAGCAAAAAGGAAAGAAUAGCAGAUGUUAAGAAGAUGUGGGAGGAACAUCCGGAUGUUUAUGGGGUCAGGAGAUCAAAUCGAAGUAGACACGAACCUGCUCGUUUAAACCUUGGAAUGGAGGGAAGUAGCGAUUCUGAAAAUGAAAGUCCUAAAAGAAGGGGUACUCGACAAAAGAAGAGAGGAAUCACAUGGAAAGAUGAUGGCUCUAAUAAUGAUGAAGAGGAUGAUGAGUCCAGCAGUGAACAAGAGGAAACAAAAGUUAAAUCUCAGAGACCUACUGCAAAAAGAAAACAAGUGAAAAAACCUGCUAAAAAGCAGCAGCGGCCUCAGAACAAGAAACGGAAAAGACACGAGUCUUCAGAUGAAGAUGAUGAAGAUGAUGAUGAUGAUGAUGAUGACACCCCUAAGAGACAAACACGUCGACGUGCAGCCAAAAAUGUCAGUUACAAAGAAGAUGAAGAUGAUUUUGAAACUGACUCAGAUGACUUGAUAGAAAUGACAGGUGAUGGCAUGGAAGACCAGCAGGAUGACAGUGAAACAAUAGAAAAGGUUCUUGAUAACAGAACUGGAAAAAAAGGGGCUACAGGCGCAACUACUACAGUUUAUGCUGUAGAAGCUAAUGGAGAUCCCAAUGCCGAUUUUGAUCUGCAGAAUGAAGAAGGGGAAGUUCACUACCUCAUAAAAUGGAAAGGCUGGUCUUACAUUCAUGGUACUUGGGAAAGCAUAGAUUCUCUGACUCAACAGAAAGUAAAGGGUCUGAAAAAGCUAGAGAACUUUAAGAAAAAAGAUGAAGAAAUAAAGCAAUGGCUUUCAAAAGCAUCUCCUGAAGAUAUUGAGUACUACAAUUGUCAACAAGAGUUGACAGUUGAUUUAAAUAAGCAGUACCAGAUUGUUGAAAGAGUUAUAGCAAUGAAGACAGGAAAAUCAUCACAGGGACACACUGACUUCCCCUCACACAAAACCUCCUCUUCUAAUGAACCAGAGUACCUCUGCAAAUGGAUGGGGCUUCCGUAUGCUGAAUGCAGUUGGGAAGAUGGAAUACUGAUUCAGAAAAAGUUUUCACUCUGCAUUGAAAAAUUCAGCAAUAGGAAUAACUGUAAAACAAUCCCUUCUAAAGACUGUAAAGUGCUAAAACAGAGGCCUCGGUUUGUCACGCUGAAAAAGCAACCAUCAUAUAUUGGAGGAGAAAACCUAGAGCUUCGUGAUUACCAAUUAGAUGGGCUUAACUGGCUUGCCCAUUCCUGGUGCAGGUGUAAUAGCGUGAUCUUGGCUGAUGAAAUGGGCCUUGGUAAAACCAUUCAGACCAUUUCAUUUUUAUCGUACCUGUUCCAUCAGCACCAGUUGUAUGGCCCCUUCCUAUUGGUAGUACCACUCUCUACCUUGACUUCCUGGCAGAGAGAGUUUGAAACGUGGGCUCCAGAUAUGAAUGUAGUAGUAUACCUUGGGGACAUUGGGAGCAGAAAUACGAUUCGAGAUUAUGAGUGGAUCCAUCCUCAAACGAAACGGUUGAAAUUCAAUGCACUACUAACAACCUAUGAAAUCCUACUAAAAGACAAGGCAGUGUUGGGUAGCAUAAACUGGGCAUUCCUGGGUGUAGAUGAAGCUCACAGGCUGAAGAAUGAUGAUUCUCUGCUGUAUAAGACCCUAAUUGAUUUCAGGUCAAAUCACCGCCUGCUUAUAACGGGGACACCUCUUCAGAAUUCCCUAAAGGAAUUGUGGUCACUGCUUCACUUCCUCAUGCCAGAAAAAUUUGAUUCAUGGGAGGAUUUUGAAAGUGAUCAUGGCAAGGGCAGAGAAAAUGGAUACCAAAGUUUGCACAAAGUCCUUGAGCCAUUCCUACUUCGACGUGUCAAAAAGGAUGUAGAGAAGUCAUUGCCUGCUAAAGUGGAGCAAAUCUUAAGGGUGGAUAUGUCAGCCCAACAAAAACAGUAUUAUAAGUGGAUUUUAACAAGGAAUUACAGGGCACUUUCUAAAGGGACACGAGGAAGCACUUCUGGCUUUUUGAAUAUAGUCAUGGAACUAAAAAAAUGUUGUAAUCAUUGUUAUUUGGUUAAAAUGCUAGAAGAAAAUGAAAAUGAAAAAGCAGAGGAACAUUUGCAGAAACUCAUCCGAAGCAGUGGGAAGCUAGUACUUCUGGAUAAACUUUUGACAAGACUUCGUGAGAGAGGCAACAGAGUUCUUAUUUUUUCCCAGAUGGUGCGAAUGCUGGAUAUUCUAGCUGAUUACCUAACUAUCAAGCGAUAUCCUUUUCAGCGCUUGGAUGGCUCAAUAAAAGGAGAAAUACGAAAGCAAGCCCUGGAUCAUUUUAAUGCAGAAGGAUCUGAGGAUUUCUGCUUUCUGCUUUCUACACGGGCAGGAGGUUUGGGAAUCAACUUGGCUUCUGCCGACACAGUAGUUAUUUUUGACUCUGACUGGAAUCCUCAAAAUGACUUGCAAGCUCAAGCCCGAGCUCACAGGAUUGGUCAGAAAAAACAGGUCAAUAUAUACCGAUUGGUUACAAAGGGAACAGUAGAAGAAGAUAUUAUUGAACGAGCCAAGAAAAAGAUGGUUUUAGAUCACCUUGUUAUCCAAAGAAUGGACACAACUGGUCGCACUGUUCUGGAUAACAACUCAGGAAAUUCAAAUUCAAAUCCAUUUAACAAGGAGGAAUUGACAGCAAUUUUAAAGUUUGGUGCAGAAGACUUAUUCAAGGAACCAGAAGGGGAAGAAUCAGAACCGCAGGAAAUGGAUAUUGAUGAAAUACUACGUCUGGCAGAAACGAGAGAGAGUGAACAGUCAGUUAGUGCCACUGAUGAGCUGUUGUCUCAGUUUAAGGUUGCAAAUUUCUCUACCAUGGAAGAGAGCAGUGAACUGGAGGAGAGGACUGCAAAGGACUGGGAUGACAUAAUACCAGAAGACCAGAGGAAAAAGGUAGAGGAAGAAGAAAAGCAGAAAGAAAUGGAAGAUAUCUACAUGUUGCCAAGAAGCAGAAGUUCCACUAAAAAGACCCAAGCAAACGACAGUGACUCAGAUGUUGGUUCAAAGCUAAAAGCCCAAAGGUCUUCAGGUUCAGAGAGUGAAACAGAUGACACUGAUGAUGACAAGAGGCCUAAACGCAGAGGAAGGCCCCGUGCACGGAAGGACAAUGUAGAGGGUUUUACAGACACCGAGAUCCGAAGAUUUAUCAAAGCUUACAAAAAGUUUGGUGCUCCACUUGAGCGGUUGGAAGCAAUUGCUCGAGAUGCAGAGCUGGUUGAUAAAUCAGUGGCAGAUCUGAAACGUUUGGGAGAGUUGAUUCAUAACACUUGUGCAGCAGCUGUGUUAGAACAUGAGGAACAUUUAAAAGAAAACCCAAGUGAAGCUAAAGGACCAGGAAAACGAAGAGGUAUAACAAUCAAGAUUUCUGGUGUUCAGGUGAAUGCCAAGUCCAUCAUUCAACAUGAGGAGGAAUUUGCAUCCCUGCAUAAAGCUAUACCUGCAGAUUCAGAAGAAAGAAAAAAUUUCCAGUUGAACUGCCAUGUAAAGGUUUCCCACUUUGAUGUUGAAUGGGAUGUAGAAGAUGACAGCAACUUACUGUUAGGAAUAUAUGAACAUGGCUACAGCAACUGGGAUUUGAUCAAAGCAGAUCCAGAUCUUAAGCUAACCAACAAGAUUCUACCCGAUGACCCAUCUAAGAAGCCCCAAGCAAAACAUCUGCAAGGACGGGCCGAUUAUCUCCUGAAGCUACUAAAACGGCAACUUGAGAACAAAGACUCAAGUAAACUAACAGAAGAAACAAAAGUAAAAAAGCGCAAACCACGGAUUAAAAAAGAAAACAAACUUCCCAAAGAUGAACAUGGAAAUGAGAUUUCUUCUCCUCGCCACUCAGACAAUCCAUCUGAGGAGGGAGAGGUAAAGGAAGAAGGUGUUGAAAGGAGCCCUCCCAGAAAAAAAACAAAAAAGAAAGAUAACAAAGAAAAUAAAGAAAAGCAAAUACUUAAAAAGGAGAAGGAAGUGGAUAAAGAAAGAAAGAAAACAAAACCGAAGAAAGAAAAGGCCAAAUCUGGAGCCAAAGGGAAGAAGCCUCAAGGUCCUGUGCAUAUCACAGCUGGAAGUGAACCUGUUCCUAUUGGAGAAGAUGAUGAUGAACUUGACCAAGAAACUUUCAGUAUUUGUAAGGAGCGAAUGCGACCAGUAAAGAAGGCUUUAAAGCAACUGGACAAACCUGAUGAAGGGCUAUCAGUUCAAGAGCAGCUGCAACACACUCGCACCUGUCUGCUAAAAAUUGGGGACCGCAUCACAGAGUGCCUUAAAAUGUAUAGUGACUCUGAGCAAGUCAAACUGUGGAGGAGAAACCUAUGGAUAUUUGUCUCCAAGUUUACUGAAUUUGAUGCUAGAAAACUUCAUAAGCUUUACAAAAUGGCACAGAAGAAACGGUCACAAGAGGAAGAGAAAGAGCCAAAGAAAGAGGAUUUUUCAGGAUGUAAAAAGCCAUUCCGACCUGAGCCAUCUGGUUCCAGUCGAGAUUCUGUAGGAUCUCAGACUCCUCAGAAACCACAGUUGCCUCUGUCACGCCCUUCCCAGCAGCAGCAGCAACAAUCAAAUCCACAUUAUCGGGACAACUAUGGACAGACUAACAAGAGGCAUUUUGAUCGUGGUGAUUGGCCAAGAGAGCGUAAAUAUUAUCCAGGAAAUAGUAAUCCAUCUUGGCAAAGUGAACGGCAUCAUCAGUAUGACCAGCACAGGUACAAAGAUCAUCAUUACAGUGAACGACGAAUUCACAAUGACCCACACAGGAUUAACUUUCGGACAAAUACUUCUCCUCGCAAGCGACCUUAUGAUCAGUAUGAUAAUGACAGAGACCACCGGGGACACAGGGAUUACUAUGACAGACAUCAAGAUCCAAAGCGACGACGUCCAGAUGAUUUCAGAUCUCAAAACUACCACCAAGGUAGUAGUCAUCAGCAGGACUAUAGGAGACCACCUGACCACAGAGUCCAGAUGGGAUAUCACAGUCAGGGUGCACCUGAACACUACCGACCCUUCCACCCUGACAAACCUAUACCACCUGCCACUCCUGCACUGAUAGAUCCUCGAUCUCCCCAAUCCCAGAAAUCACCUCAUGAUUCCAGGUCCCCUCUGGACCGACCUGUAGAUCAGAAGAACACUCCUGACUUCAGUUGGAAUGUCAGAAAAACUUAAGUUUUAUGUGACCAGCAAGUGACUAAACUGGGCUGAUUGGAAGCAAAAUGUGGAGCAAACUGCUUCCAUACUUAUUAUGUGCUGCUAAGAAAAAAAGACAGGAAUGGUUUUAUAUUUGGAUGACCCAAGACUAUUUUUCUCAUCAGUUGGUUAAUUGCCAUUAACCAGGGAAAAUAUGAGAACCAGCAGACCACUCUCCCAAUAUAUAUAUAUAUAUAUAUAUAUAUAUAUAUAUAUAUAUAUAUAUAUAUAUAUAUAUAUAUGUAUAUAUAUAUAUAUAUAUAUAUAUAUAUAUAUAUAUAUAUAUAUAUAUAUAUAUAUAUAUAUAUAUAUAUAUAUAUGAAGACCAAAGGAAUAGUGAUAAUGUAUUGGGCACAGGUUCGGUUCUAAAGACAAUUUUAAUAGAAGUAUUUAAUUAAAAUUCAAGCAGCAAGUCAUAUUUUGCAGCUUACUAAUAAUGCAGAACUGAUUUGACAUAAUGAUAGAAUGGCCUUUGACUGUCUAUCAUAUAUAUAUAUAUAUAUAUUUUUGUUUGUUUGUUUUUAAUGCAGUGGCCAUAGUGAUUUUUUUUUUCAGGAGAAAGGAAAUUUUACAUUUUAACAAUGUUUAGCAAGGGAAGUGCCUAAAAUCUGAUGCUAUUGAAUUAAUUUAAAUUUGCAGGCAUCAUGGGUGCCUAAGAAUUGAAAGUAAAAUUCUUUGCAAAGAACUUCUCUGAAACAUCUCAUUUUAAAUGUGGACCGUCCCUUAUCCAGCUCUUUAUAACAAUAAUCCUCAGGACUGAAGUGUUCAAUUGGUGGCCUAUUGGUGGAAGGCAAUGUUUUCAUAGCCUGCUUGGCUAUAUGGACAAUGGGUUAAUGUAUUAAAGACUUCUACUACUGCAGAUUAUCAGAAUUUGAUCAGUCAGUGUGUGCAGAAUACAUUAUACUACUAGCUGGAAGCAACAGUCCAUCUAACUGGGAGUUUGGAAUUCACAAAAUAUUAUGUCUGCUUUGGAACCUAAAUUUCUGCUUAUUUAGCAACCAUGAUUCUUCUAGGUAGAGAUUCUCAUAAAGUCUUUGUUCAUUUAUAUAACAUGUUGAUUACCUGAAUCAUCUUUGUGCCAGAUGUUAAGAGUCCUAUGUACAUUUUAAGCACUUUCCCUGUUUGUAAGCUAGAACUUAUGGCCUGUUUAGUAUGUGGGAAACAGGAUUGGUUAGUUAAAUUUUACUUACAAUAAGGUAUAUUUUAUUCAGCUUUUAAGACAGAAUGUUAUUUAUUGUUACACUUUUUAAAACAUUCAAUUUUAAUGUUCUUGUUCAUAAAGAAUGUUUUAUUUCAAAGAAAAUUAUUUUACUGUAAACUUUCACAAGAGAGAGGCCAUAUUUCAUGCAAAAAUGCAUUUCCCCACCAGUUUUCUUAAAUCUUUAAAACUAUAUUUUUCUCUGGAACAAGUCAUUUCCAUAUACUUUUUUGGUUAUUAAGUCAGGUUUUUGUGUGCAAUUUUGCCAUACCAUUUCCUUUUUCAAUAAUUGUUACAGUACCCAGUCUGGAUGUUGAAUAAAUUUAAUAAAGGUACAUCAUGUAGCAUAUUUUGCACUCAAGAAUGCAGUAUUCACCUUUAAAGAUCCCUUCAUUUUUAUUUGGUUAAGAGGGAAUGUAUUAUAAGAUGAUAUUAAAGCAAAACUUCUCAAGUAAAAUUAUACUAUUGGAAAUGUCUUGAGAUUUCACUGCAGUCUCCACAGGUGUUAUAUAACUGAAAACAGUUACUAGUAAAUUCAAGAAUUUAAAUUCUUGUGCUAGUUUUUUUUUCUUUUCUUCAACGGUCUUUUUGAUCUUAUAACUUAAUGGGUUAAGAGGUUAUCAUCUCUAUACUUAAGAUUUUUAAACAUCUUUUAUUUUCUAAAAAUAGUAAACUGCAUUUGAGAUGUACACGGUGGCGCAGUGGGUAGCGCUGCUGCCUCGCAGUUGGGAGAUCUGGGGACCUGGGUUCGAUUCCCGGGUCCACCCUGCGUGGAGUUUGCAUGUUCUCCCCGUGUCUGCGUGGGUUUCCUCCGGGUGCUCCGGUUUCCUCCCACAGUCCAAAAACAUGCAGGUUAGGUGGAUUGGCGAUUCUAAAUUGGCCCUAGUGUGUGCUUGGUGUGUGGGUGUUUGUCCUGCGGUGGGUUGGCACCCUGCCCAGGAUUGGUUCCUGCCUUGUGCCCUGUGUUGGCUGGGAUUGGCUCCAGCAGACCCCCGUGACCCUGUGUUCGGAUUCAGCGGGUUGGAAAAUGGAUGGAUGGAUUUGAGAUGUCAAUUUAACUUUCUGAAGUCUUCACAACAAAUUAGAAUGUUCAAUGAUCAUUUGUUUGUUCAAAUAUUAGAAGCAGUCCGUUAUUCAAGUUUUGCCAAAACCAUAUAGAUUGGAUUUCUUGAGACUUGCUCUGCCAGCUAUUCAGUAUGUGAUUUUAAUUUAUUGUACCAUAAUGAAGGUGGGUGUUUACCCUUCCUAAAUUUAGAGAAAUGGUUUGUGAUAAAUGUUUAGAUAUAUUAACACAUAUUCAGUAUUGUCAUCCUUUUCCUAAAUUUUUCAUGUCUAAAUUGGGUUAGAUACAAAGUAUCCUUUUUGCAAACUCCCAGCAUAGCCAUGUGUAUAUUUAAUUUUUUCAGAUGUAGAGACUGAGGUAUUUAACUUCCUCUCUUUUCUGCCAUUGUGAAGUAAUGUUGUUGUAUGUGAUUGCCCCCUUGAGUAAAUAAUCACAAUGGUAUGAGGUCUUUGUCAAAUCUAAUACAGACAAAUGUGGCCCGUUUUAGAGCUACUGGCAGGUAGUCUGCUGGAAGUGUCAAUAAUUUUCAGUUAUCAACACCCUAUGUUUUAUACUCUAAUCGUUUAUAACAAGCAUGUAUUUACUUGACAACCACUUUACUUGCUCCUAACUAAUUGGGGUCAUGAAACAAAGAGAUGCUGACAAAGAUUAUUAUUGAAUAGUUUGAAGUUACAGUAUGCCUUUUCAGCUGUGCCUUACUUGAAGGACCUUUUUCUGUUUGUUGUGUUGACUGCACCUUUUGUGUUGAAGAUACAACUUCCACAAACAAAAACAAAAAGAUAUAACUUCCACAUUUUACUAGAUUGUUAACAAUAAAAUAAAAAGGUUAAAUGUUUACUCCUUAAUUUUUUACCAAAAAUGUUUUGAAUUAUAUGAUGAGAAACUGGUCCCAAAAUAUUUUAUUAGUGUUGCAUACUGUUUCCAGUGGACUUUAUUUCCUGAAGGAUGAAAUGCUUAAUUCCUAAAAAAGGCAGCCCUAAUUUCAGUUUCUACAGAAUUUCUUUUUCUUGCUUCCUUUUCAUUUGUCUUCUGUUUCUUUGUGGUUGAACAAUUUUAAGUGUAUGUUUCUCUGCAAUAUGGGUUUCCUCUUUAGAAUCAUUUGAAAAGUCAAACAUGUACUUUUUAUAAGAAUAUCCAAAAUAAAAUUUAAAAAAAGUUUGUCCUUAAAUUUGCAUUCUCACAAUUUCCACAGAUUCUCAUAGAUUUAGUGAGAAUGUUUGGGCGUGGUUAAAAAUUGUUUCCAUCUGCUAGGAGUUCGGUUUUCAGUUAUGACACCAUUGUGUCAGGAGCAGACAAGUCUCACUAUUUAGUAUUUGUUUUUCUUUUUUAUAAAGUUGAAAAACAAUUUCCUACUAAUUGAGAGCCAUUUUUCCAUUAAUUGUUUCCUAAUGAAUGUUAGAGGUACCUUUCGCUAGAAGAGAAAAUUGACCUUUGACAAAUGGCCAUUAUUUAAUUUCUUAAGGGAACAACAUGAAAUAGAAAAGAAAAAAAAACUGUUCAAGUGACAAGGACGAUCUGUACUGCUUAGGGUACAGCAUGUUAGUUUGACUUUAUAAACGUCAAAGGUCAACUGAGUCAAGAAAAAAAAAGGUUGAUAUUUUGCAGUUGUAGUAGGUCAAUCCAUAACUGGUUAAUCAUUUACGCAGUGGGUGUCCUUAAUUAUUAUUGGUGGUGAUACAUUACCAGUUUUGAUGUUUUUACUGAGUAAGUAGCCUGUUGCACAGCAGUAACCGUGUACUACAACUUUGAGGUGGAGGUGCACAGAUUUGUUCUUCGAGGGUUAUUUUGCUCCCUGCCAAUGAUUACUUUUCUUGCUUAUUCUUCCUUUUACAGUUGUAAACAGGUGUGUAUCCAAAACAUAAACAUAAAAGAAUUCUGAAACAAUAAUUUAUAUUUGUGAAAAAAGCCACUGUUCUAGUGUUUUUGAUGUAAAUAUGUUGUUUAUAGUACUGUAUGUAUUAAAUUUUCCUACAUUGUAAACUGUUGUUCUCCAAGGCUUUAUUAAAGAGAGUUCUUGAAAAUUUUAACAA